GGCAAAUCUAAAAGAUAAGGUUCCGAUUAUGAAGGAUUCAAAUCUUUAAACGACGCCGUGUUUCCAUAUAACAGUAAACAGAAACAAACGCGUUUUUCGUUGGUUGGAUAAAUCCUCCUUAUAAAUAAACAAACCUUUAAGGAAGGUUAGUUGUCAAAAGAAUCUGCGAAAAAUAAGAGAGAGAGAGAGAGAAACAGGAUCAUUCAUUAUGCCCGCCUUAUCUCACUACAGAUCAGUAUCAUCUCUACCGUCCGUUGACCGAUCAUUCCUUCUCAUCCAACGACUCAGGAUCCACGGCAGCUCUUCUUCCUUCCCUGAAUCUUCUCCUUCUGCGUCUAUUCUCUCCGGCGCAGAUCCGUUGAAGUGUACGGUCUCUGGUGGAUCUCUUGCUAAAUGGAUCACCGGGAUUUCAGCUGGAUCCGCCUUAGGGUUUCUCUAUUGGUCCUCUGGUUCUUCUGAUUCCAUCUCUGGUUUGUUUGGUGGGAGUAAUUUAUUGUCCUUCGCUGAUAGUUCAACGCCUUCUGUUUGUGGUGUAAAAGUCGGCGAUCUGAAACCGAGAUCGUUUAUUCCGAAAUUGUCGUUGCCUGGUUACAGCUCUGGAUUCAUCUUCGGAGAUGCGUAUAGAAGGAAGAUCUUCUUCAAUUACGAGAAACGUUUGAGAUUACAAAGUCCUCCUGAAAAGGUUUUCGAGUACUUUGCAUCUGUUCGAACAGAUAAAGGAGAAAUACUAAUGAAACCGGCAGAUUUGAUGAGGGCAAUUGUCCCCGUGUUUCCUCCAUCAGAAUCUCAUCUAGUAAGAGAAGGAUAUUUGACUGGGGAGAGAAAUCCUGGUGAACUUAGAUGCUCUCCUUCCGAGUUCUUCAUGCUCUUUGAUGUUGAUAAUGAUGGUCUUAUAUCCUUCAAAGAGUAUAUAUUCUUUGUGACAUUACUCAGCAUUCCUGAAUCAAGCUUCGCAGUGGCUUUCAAAAUGUUUGAUACUGACAACAACGGGGAGAUUGACAAAGAAGAGUUUAAGACAGUGAUGAGUCUGAUGCGAUCUCAGCAUAGACAAGGAGUUGGCCACAGAGAUGGCCUUCGAACAGGGUUACAUAUGACCGGUUCUGUCGAGGAUGGAGGAUUGGUAGAAUACUUCUUUGGGAAAGAUGGCAGUCAAAAACUGAAACACGACAAAUUCACUAAGUUUAUGAAAGAUCUAACUGAAGAGAUGCUGAGGCUGGAGUUUGCACAUUAUGACUAUAAACGAAGAGGAAGUAUAUCGGCCAAAGAUUUUGCAUUGUCGAUGGUUGCAGCGGCUGAUGCAAGCCAUUUGAGCAAGCUGCUUGAUAGAGUUGAGAGUCUGAGCGAACACCCGCAUCUCCGGGACAUGCGUAUCUCACUGAAGGAAUUCAAACAGUUUGAUGAGCUACGUAGUAAACUUGGACCAUUCUCUCUAGCGCUUUUUGCUUAUGGCAAAGCUAAUGGUUUACUUACAAUGAAAGAUUUCAAACGAGCCGCCUCUCAGGUAUGUGGAAUAACAUUGUCAGACAAUGUGAUAGAAAUUGCGUUUCAUGUGUUUGACUCGAAUCAAGAUGGGAAUUUGAGUGUGGAUGAGUUUUUGCGGGUUCUGCAUCGAAGAGAGAGGGACGUGGCACAGCCAAUUGCAAAAGGAUUGUCUCGGUACUUCUCAGAUGGAUGGAAGGGUUCUAAGAACUGUUCCUCAUCGUGAAGACUCUUCUUCCUCUUUGGGGCUUACCGAUGAAACUCGAAGACUAUUUUUUGAGGCUCUUGGGUUCAUACGAGUGAGCCCAGAGAUUUUAUGAUUACUCCACGCUGGCAUUGUAAGAAAGAAAUCUGAAUAAAUCUGUGUAUAGUUUGAUCGACCUAUGAACUUUUUUGUUUUGUUUUGUUAAUGAUAAAUGGUAAUUGCAUAAAACAGAAGUCUCUGUUAAAGAUUACACGGCUAAGAAAUUGAUACAUAUCUUUGUAUAUAAUCUUAAG